AUGACCGUUCGCACGUGCCUGCCUCGUGGCCGUCCACUGCGAUGCGUGCAUCCACUACGACGCAAAAUCCUGGCGGAAAGGCGACCGAGAGCUGCGCCGAAAUAUCUGAUUGACAAGCUGGAAGCCACGCAGCAAGCAUACCGCGACCUUCAGAAGGCGCUGGAAGACCCUGGCCUUGCGAACAACCCGACUGAGAUGAUUCGUCUCAGUAGGGCGGCAUCAGAGAUGGAGAAGACAGUGCAGGCAUACAACCGCUACAAGGAGAUAGAGCAGGGGAUUUCCGAUGCGAAAGAAAUGCUCAACGAGGAGACGGAUGCGGAGAUGCGAGAGCUGGCCCGUGUGGAGCUUGAUGAGCUUCAGGAGGCUGAGCCGGCAUUGGUGGACCAACUCAAGUUCUUACUGCUGCCAUCAGAUCCGCUCGAUGAACGCAACGUGAUGCUUGAGAUACGUGCUGGCACGGGUGGCGACGAGGCGGCGCUUUGGGCAGCAGAUCUCACACGAAUGUAUCAGAAGUACGCCGACUCGCAAGGCUGGUCGGUCGCGCUCGUGAGCUUCGCCGACGCGGAGGCGGGGGGUUACAAGGAGGUGGUUCUGGAGAUCAAUGGCGAGGCAGUGUACUCGAAAUUGAAGUUUGAGGCUGGAGUGCACCGCGUACAGCGUGUGCCCGCCACGGAGUCGUCGGGGCGAGUGCACACGUCGACAGCGACGGUCGCCAUCAUGGCAGAGGUGGACGAAGUGCAGGUGCAAAUCGAUGCGAAGGACCUGGAAAUUCACGCGGCCCGCGCAUCAGGCGCGGGAGGACAAAACGUGAACAAGGUGGAAACUGCGAUCGACCUGACGCACAAGCCGACUGGGAUUCGCAUUUUCUGUCAGGAGGGGCGCAGUCAGGCGGCGAACCGCGAGAAGGCGUUGAAGUUGUUGCGCAUGAGGUUGUUCGAAGCAGAGGUGCAGAAGCAGCGCGAGGAGGUUGCACGACGGCGCCAGAGCCAGGUGGGCUCUGGCGGGCGCAGUGAGAAGAUCAAGACGUACAAUUACAAGGACUCUCGCGUGUCUGACCAUCGCUGCAAAGAAAACUUCGACCUCAACGGGGUUCUGGAUGGACAGCUGGAGCCCGUCCUUCAAGCGAUGAUCACUUUGGACCAGCAGGAACGCCUGCAGGAACUCGCAGAUGAACUGGAGCAGCGUGUGUGA